UUGUUUUUUGAAGUACACAUUUCUCAUAUAACAUUAACAAAAGCCAGAUCUUUUUUCAAAAGUGCUAAGUAGUUUUAUUAACUCUCAUUUGCUGAGUAAUAGAUUAUCUUGUCAGUCAAAAUAAUAAGGCAACAAUUAUAUCUAUUUUUGAAGCAAAUAUAGGGUUUGAAGACUCUCACUAAUUAUAUAUCUCAAAGAUGUGGGCCACUAUUCCUGUCCUUCGUGAUUACUAUCUUAUAUGCUUAGGGUAGACUAAAAAGAAAAACCUCUGUUGUAUGUCUUGAACAGCAUGUAUGGUAAUAAAUGAGUGGACUUGGCAAGGUCUGUAUCAGUUAUUCCAAACUGUCAAAGCUUUCAAAAUUAAAAUAGCACAGGUAGCAUAAUAUGUUUGCCACAUACACUGACAGGCACACUGAAGUGGCCAAGUUUUAUAUGAAUUGAAGGUUCCAAGUCAUCUUUAAAGGUAAGCCUUAUUUACACUUAGAAUAACAUUUGCUCUCAGGAAAUGUUCAUCGGAUGGGCUCAAAGAGCCUAAACAGGACACAGGUUACAUUCAUUCGGGUUUAAUUAUCAACUACUCUAACUUGGUUUUUUUUAGGAUCCAACAUGCUAUAUGUAUUUAUAGGCAUACUAGAACUCUCCCAGAGAAAGACAAAUAGCAAAGGGAGACAUUUCUUUUCUGAAAUAGAAUAAGCAGAAAGAACAUGAAAAUUAUUCUAGUAUUAGUCUUUAUGAUUUCUCUAGUAAUUUCAGGUAGACUAGACGAUCACUUGGAAUCAGCAACUCCUGAGCUUAAGUCAAGAUUUGCUAUGUCUGAUGAUGUGCAUUUGCUAGCCACUGGACUACUCCAGCUUGGGCGUGGCCUUCAAGAUUUUGUGAUCAAAACCAAAACCCAAAUGGAUGACAUCUUUCAAAGGCUUAACAUUUUCGACCGAUCCUUUUCUGAGAUCUUGCAACAAACCAAUGAAAUGAAAGAAGAAGAGCAGCAGUUAAAAAAAGCCACAACUAGGUUGCAAGCAGCUGAGGAAGAGAUAAGAAAUCUAUCUUUGCAGCUUAAUUCCAAAAUAGACGUCCUUUCCAUCGAGAAGAUUCAACUGAAGGACAAAGUAGGGAAGCUUGAACAAAAAAUAACUGAACUCGUACAGACCCAGCUUGAAAUCCAUGAGCCAAGAGAAAUUGCCUCACUUAAAGUAAGUAAAAAUGAAACAUAUUGAGUGUUGCCAAAGUAAAUUGUAUUCUGAGCAAUGAGGUAAUUAAGAAAGAUUUAGUCAUUCCUGUUGCUGCUGGACUAAUGUGCUGCAUUUUGAGAAAUAAAACCAACAUUUUUCUUAAUGCUGUU